AUGAGUCUUCGCGCACCCCUCGGUCUCACAAGGCGGGCAUUGCCUGCUCAGAUCACAAAGUAUGCCGCCUCGCAGCAACAAUCCAUGGCCACUGUCGUCCCGCCCGUUACUCAAGACAAUACUGGUUCAAAGGGCCCUACUGCCAUGGUCUUCAUGAACAUGGGUGGUCCUUCGACUACUGGUGAGGUCGGCGACUUCCUUAGCAGGUUGUUUGUGAGUAUACUACCAUGUCUACUUCACUUUCUCCAACUUGCUGACCAUUACACAGNNGCAGAUGGCGACUUGAUCCCCCUCGGCAGACUGCAAAACUACCUCGGUCCCCUCAUCUCCAAGCGCCGCACCCCCAAGAUCCAGAAGCAGUACGCCGCCAUUGGCGGUGGUUCGCCCAUCCGCAAAUGGUCCGAGUACCAGAGUUCCGAGAUGUGCAAGAUCCUCGACAAGAUUUCGCCAGAGACCGCCCCUCACAAACCUUAUGUUGCUUUCCGCUAUGCUGCCCNNCCCCUGACCGAGGAAAUGUAUCAGAGAUUGUUCGAUGAUGGUUUUGGCAAUGGUAAAGGUGGCAGAGCUGUUGCUUUCACCCAAUACCCACAGUACUCGUGCAGCACAACCGGAAGUUCAUUGAACGAGCUAUGGAAGUGGCGCCAAAGACUCGAGACCAAGCGCGCAGGUGGCGAGAUCGACGAAGCUGGCGCCAUUACCUGGAGUGUCAUUGACCGCUGGCCUGUACACCCUGGCCUUGUCGAAGCCUUUGCUCAAAACAUCGAAGCCAAGCUGCUCGAGUAUCCCGAGGAGACAAGGAAGGACGUUGUGUUGCUCUUCUCGGCUCACUCCCUGCCCAUGAGCGUCGUCAACAGAGGUGACCCAUACCCAGCCGAGGUAGCUGCCACCGUCUACGCUGUUCAGCAGCGCUUGGGCUUCAAGAACCCCCACCGUCUAGUCUGGCAGUCUCAGGUCGGGCCCUCCGCCUGGUUGGGCGCCCAGACCAGCGACACUGUGACAAACUUUGUCAAGAGAGGUCAGAAGGAUCUUGUUCUCAUUCCUAUUGCCUUCACUUCGGAUCACAUCGAAACGCUCUUCGAAGUCGACCAAGAGAUCAUUCACGAGGCCAAUGAGCUAGGCGCAGAAGGUCGUGUCAAGAGAGCAGACUCGUUGAACGGCAGUCCUGUGUUCAUCCAGGGUCUGGCCGAGCUUGCAAGAGACCACUUGGCUAGCGGCGACGUUGGCAGCAGGCAGCUGGGUCUGAGAUGUCCUGGCUGCACCAGUCAGAGAUGUCUGGAGACCAAGAAGUUCUUCAUGAAGCAAGAGGCACUGCUGUAG